AUGAUUCAGGCUGGAGACGAGCCGAUUGUCGAAUACGUGCUAUUCCAUGGUCAAACAAACACGGUCAUUUACGAGCCCAACAGUUUGAUCGACUACCUUGCGCCUAGGAAACGUACAUAUUUCAAGCCCGGACAUUCAUCAACAGCCGACUUGGGAUCCGAAAUUUGGCUCAAACCCAUUGGAUACGGAAGUAACGGCGCGUCUCGUCCAAUUCAUCGACCGGAUGCCAGCACAACUCCCUUGGCGCAAAAGUUGAAAGCAGGAGGCGCUCGGGUCCCCGAUGUCAAGGCUGACAGCUUGGAAAAUGCGAUAGACGUUGUGCGCCAGAGUGAGAUUGGCGUGUUUCAUCCCUGCGGGAGCUGUGGCAUGAGACCCAAGGACAGAGGCGGCGUUGUUGACACCAAUCUACGCGUGUAUGGUGUCAGAGGGCUGAGGGUUGUUGAUGCUAGCAUUUUCCCUCUUGUGCCUGUUGGAAACAUCCAAAGUGCGGUUUACGCUGUUGCGGAGAAGGCAGCCGACAUCAUCAAGGCUGAACGCAGACAGUGA